AGUGUCUCCUGCUCCUGCCCUAGUCGCUGCCUGUGCUUCAGGACUACAGUAAGAUGCAUGCAUCUGAUGUUGGAAACCAUCCCCGAUAUCCCACCCCAGACAAACAUACUAGAUUUACGCUUCAACCAUAUCAAGGAGAUACAACCUGGAGCCUUCAGGAGACUGAAGAACCUCAACACACUGCUGCUGAACAAUAAUCAGAUAAAACAAAUUGUGAGAAGAUCCUUUGAAGAUCUGGAGAACCUGAAAUACCUCUACCUUUACAAAAAUGAAAUUCAGAGCAUCCAGCAACAUGCCUUCAACGGGCUCCGCUCUCUGGAACAGCUCUACCUGCAUUUCAACAACCUGGAAAGCCUGGAGCCGGAGACUUUUAGUGACCUGCCAAAACUUGAAAGGCUAUUCUUGCACAACAACAAGAUUUCCAGGAUUCAUCCAGGGACGUUCUCUCAACUGGAAUCCCUCAAACGGCUGCGGCUGGACUCCAACGCCUUGCUUUGCGACUGCGACCUGAUGUGGCUGGCGGAGCUGCUGAGGAACUACACGGAGCAGGGCAGCAUCCAGACGGCCGCCACCUGCGAGGCUCCUCGGGACCUGCACGGCCGCUCCAUCGUCACCUUGACCGCCCAGGAGUUCAACUGCGAGAGGCCUCGAAUAACCUCAGAACCCCACGACGUCGACGUCCUCUUGGGAAACACAGUUUAUUUCACCUGCAGGGCAGAAGGCAACCCAAAGCCUGCGAUUAUUUGGCUGCACAACAAUAACGAGAUUGACAUGAAAGAUGACAACCGCCUGAACCUCUUGCAAGACGGUACCUUGAUGAUCCAGAAUACCAGGGAGUCGGACAAAGGCGUCUACCAGUGCAUGGCCAAGAACAUAGCUGGGGAGGUCAAGACACAAGAAGUCGUUCUGCGCUAUUUUGGCACCCCAUCCAAGCCCACUUUUGUGAUCCAGCCGCAGAACACUGAAGUGCUGAUUGGGGAAAGCGUCACCCUGGAGUGUGGGGUCUCCGGGCACCCCCACCCUCGCAUCAGCUGGACACUUGGCACAGGCUCUCCUUUGCCGCAGGACUCCCGUUUCGCUAUCACCAGCUCCGGAGGACUCUUCAUUCAGAACGUCACCUUCUCGGACCAGGGGCAGUACAACUGCAACGCCAGCAACACUGAGGGGUCCAUCCAGGCAACAGCAAGGAUCAUAGUGCAAGAUUCUCCCAGGUUUCUCCUCAUCCCCACUGAUCAGACAGUAACUGAGGGACAAAGCGUGGACUUCCCCUGCUCUGCUGAGGGUCACCCUCCACCCGUGAUUGCCUGGACGAGGGCAGGUGGGCCGCUGCCGAACGACCGGAGGCACAGCGUGCUCUCCACGGGGACCCUGCGCGUGAUGCGGGCUGCUUUGCAUGACCAAGGCCAGUACGAGUGCCAUGCCAUCAGUGCCAUCGGAGUGAGGACCCUCCCAGUGCAGCUGUCGGUGACCCCACGAGUGAUACCCGUGUUCCUUCAUCCCCCCCAAGACGUGGUGGCAGAGACAGGCCAGGACGUUGCCAUCACCUGCGCUGCCCAAGGAGAUCCCCGGCCCACCAUCACCUGGGUCAAAGAGGGUAUCCAGAUCACAGAGAGUGGCAAGUUCCACGUAAGCCAAGACGGGACCCUUUCCAUUCAAGACCUCGGUGUGGCUGACCAGGGCAGAUACGAGUGCAUAGCAAGAAACCCUUUUGGCUUCACCUCCAGCACUAUGCAGCUCACCAUCACGGCCACGGAUGUCGGUCGGAGCGGCGACACGUUCGUAGCCACGUCCCUACGAGAAGCCAUCAGCAGUGUGGACCACGCCAUCAACUCAACACGCACUGAGCUGUUUAGCAAACGGCCCAAGACGCCCAACGACUUGCUGGCUCUCUUCCGUUACCCCCGGGACCCCUACACCCUCGAAACAGCCAGGGCAGGGGAGAUCUUCGAAAGGACCUUGCAGCUGAUUCAGGAACACGUGCAACAAGGUCUGAUCGUCGAUAUGAAUGUCACAGGCUAUCGGUACAAUGACUUGGUGUCCCCUCACUACCUGAACAUGAUCGCCAACCUGUCGGGCUGCUCUGCCCACCGCCGCACGCCAAACUGCUCGGAUAUCUGCUUCCACAAGAAGUACAGGACCCACGAUGGGUCUUGCAACAACCUCCAGCACCCGAUGUGGGGUGCAUCUCUCACAGCUUUCCAGAGGCUCCUCAAACCUGCCUACCAGAAUGGAUUUAACCUCCCCCGGGGGUUUUCCUUGGCAGAAGAUGCCAGGGACCUACCCCUUCCUCUGCCCCGCCUCGUCUCCACCGCCAUGGUCGGGACUGAGACCAUCACCCCUGAUGACCAGUUCACACACAUGCUCAUGCAGUGGGGACAGUUUCUGGACCAUGACAUGGACCAGACGGUGGCAGCCAUUAGCAUGUCCCGCUUCUCCGAUGGAGCACCCUGCAGCCAGGUGUGCACCAGUGACCCGCCGUGCUUCUCCAUCACGGUCCCUGCCAACGACCCCCGUGUGAGGAAUGGGCGCUGCAUGUUCUUCGUCCGCUCGAGCCCCGUGUGUGGCAGCGGGAUGACCUCCCUGCUGAUGAACUCGGUCUACGCCAGGGAGCAGAUCAACCACUUGACGUCUUACAUUGAUGCCUCCAAUGUUUACGGCAGCACAGAGCAGGAAUCGCGGGAGCUGCGGGAUCUGAGCAGCCAAAACGGGCUGCUGAAGCAAGGGCGAGUGGUGCCCAGCUCGGGGAAGCAUCUCCUUCCCUUUGCUGUAGGGCCACCCACGGAGUGCAUGAGAGAUGAGAACGAGAGCCCCGUGCCGUGCUUCCUGGCAGGAGACCACCGUGCCAACGAGCAGCUGGGUCUCACGGCCAUGCACACGCUUUGGUUCAGGGAGCACAACCGCAUUGCCACGGAGCUGUCGGCCCUCAAUCCUCACUGGGAUGGAGACCUCCUCUAUCACGAGGCACGGAAGAUUGUGGGUGCCCAGAUGCAGCAUAUCACCUAUGCCCAGUGGCUCCCCAAGGUCCUCGGGGAAGCUGGGAUGAAGAUGCUGGGUGAGUACAAAGGCUACAACCCCAACAUCAAUGCGGGGAUUCUCAAUGCCUUUGCCACUGCUGCCUUCCGCUUCGGGCACACCUUGAUCAACCCCAUCCUCUACCGGCUGAACGAAACCUUCCAGCCCAUCCGCCAAGGCCACAUCCCUCUGCACAAGGCCUUCUUCUCCCCUUUCAGGAUCAUGCAGGAGGGUGGGAUCGACCCCCUCCUCCGUGGGCUCUUUGGGGUUCCUGGGAAGAUGCGGGUCCCCUCUGAACUCCUCAACAUGGAGCUGACGGAGAAACUCUUCUCCAUGGCACACUCUGUCUCACUGGACUUGGCUGCUAUCAACAUCCAGAGAGGGCGAGACCAUGGCAUCCCACCCUACAAUGACUUCAGGGUCUUCUGCAACCUCUCGUCUGCACAGGAGUUUGAGGACCUGAGAAAUGAGAUAAAGAACUUGGAGAUCAGGGAAAAGCUCAGGAGUUUAUAUGGAACUACCAAAAAUAUUGACCUGUUUCCAGCACUGAUGGUGGAGGAUCUUGUCCCUGGUACCAGAGUUGGACCAACACUCAUGUGCCUGUUAACGACGCAGUUCAGAAGGCUGAGGGAUGGAGACAGAUUUUGGUAUGAGAAUCCUGGAGUCUUCACGCCGGCGCAGCUGACUCAGAUCAGACAGACGUCGCUUGCUCGUGUCAUCUGUGACAACAGUGACCACAUCCGGCAGCUCCAGAGAGAUGUUUUCCAGGUGGCAUCGUACCCGCAGGGCAUGGUCAGCUGCGAAGAGAUUCCCGCAGUGGACCUCCGCUUGUGGCAGGACUGCUGUGAGGACUGCCGGACGCGCGGGCAAUUCAGGGCUCUUUCUCAACGGUUCCGAAGCAAGAGGUCUCCUGGCUUCAGCUACCCAGAAGAAAACCCAGCCAAGCAUAAGCCUGCCUUCCCCAGAAAUGAGGCGCCUUCUCCCAGCCCUUCCUCCAGAGAGAGUCUCGAGUCCUUUGUGGCUGAACUGGAGAAGACAGUUGCUUCCCUACGGAAACAGGUGAAUGCACUAGAGAGCCAGCUGAGGUGGCAGCACAGGAGCACCAGCACGCAUGGACAGGGAAAGAAGACUGGACAACAGUGGAGAAAAAGAUGA